AUGCUCUUGAUAGCGACUCGUACUCCCGAAGGAAAAAUCCGUGCUGGGACUUCACCAGUGGAGAUGAUCGGGCUUGACACAGGAGUUGAUGAGCAGAAAAGCUCAUUCGUUUCCGUGACAUUGGAGUCCAUGGAUGAUGAAAAGAAUCUGUUGAACAAGGAGAAAUGCCACCUAAUCCGGAAUUUAAAUAAAUACGUGCUGGAAAACAUGACCAUAGUCAUUGACGGGGACGAGGUGAAUUUUGGAAGUGAUGUAUGUCCAUCGCUCAAACAAUGCACUCUCAGCAACACUAUUGCCGAUAUCUUUUUUGAUACGUUUUGGAAUAGUCGACUUCGAGCUGAUCCACGGAUCAAAAUCGAAUAUCCAAUAAUGACGUUCUUCGAGAAUAAAAUGUUUCUACCAACACAUCUCUAUGGUGUACGAUUGGACGGUAAAAAUGAGAUCAAAUACGUUGAAAUGGUUCAUCUGAUCUAUCAAAUCCCCUCAUACAAUAAUACAUCAUCAGACGAUGUGUCCGUAGCAUUUUCGAAUGCGUUACGUAAUGUGCUUGGCACUCCGCUGGCUCCGUUCAGGACCUCAAUAUUCAGUCACUCAAUUUUGAAAGAGGAAAUGCAAAAAAAUGCCACCUAUACGAUACCGUUUAUUUCGUUGACAAUUCUGCUGCUUGUCAGUUUCACCGUCGGAUCGUGCAUGACUGGUGAUUGGAUCACUUCGAAACCGAUUGAAGCAAUGAUUGGCGUACUCACAUCCACAAUGGCUAUCAUCAGUGCUGGCGGCGUUCUUUUUGCUCUUGGUGAGCCUUUUAUUUAUCAGGUCACAGUUAUGCCCUUCAUCGCGUUGGCGAUUGGUGUAGAUGACGUCUACGUGAUGCUGGGAGCUUGGCAGGACACACGACGUACUUUAUCUCCUGAAAAGAGAAUGGCGCUAGCUCUGGAAGAAGCGGGAAGCGCUAUUUCCGUCACCUCAAUAACCUCGAUUUUAUCGUUUGGAAUCGGUUCCUUUUCUUCCACACCUGCUAUAUCGAUUUUUUGUAAAUUCAUCAUGGUCGCAGUAGCAUUUGAUUGGUUCUAUCAGUUGACCUUCUUCGCUGCUGUCAUGGUUUUAGGAGCGAGAAGAGAAGCGGCUGGAUAUCAUUGUAUUUUUGUCUGGAAAAGAUGUGAAAAGGGCGAAAUUGAGAAGGCCAAAGCUCCGGAUGCUAUUUCUCCUACGCGACAUUUCUUCUGCAACGUAUUUGCUCCACUUCUUUGUCAUCCGGCAUCUAGAAUUACUAUUGUUAUAGUUUACAUCUGCUACAUAUUCAUGGCUUUCUAUGGAUGCGCGCAACUGGAGCCGAACUUAACGCCAUCACGACUAGUGGUCGACGAUUCCCCUCUUCUUCAUUACCUCCAUCUAGCGGAAAAUAGAAUUUGGGCAGAAGGUCUGAUCGGAAGAGUAUAUAUUAAUAAAGCUCCGGACUUUAAGGAUCCUCAUCAGAUUGAAAGAGUCCUAAAUCUUGUUCAUGAUCUGGAAAGCACACCGUAUUCGAUGGGACCUAAUUCGACCUCAUUCUGGUUAAAAGACUUCAACAACUACAGGCAGUAUUUUGUGGAUGAUAAUGAAAGAUUUUAUUCCACGUUGAAAUCCUUCUUACAAGUUUCAUUCAACAACCAUUGGGAAACAGAUAUUCAAUGGGCGAAUUACGGGCAAAAGAAUGAACGUGUGGAUAAAUUUGUAUUCACCACAGCGUUCAAGAUAGCAAGUUGGAAUGUUCGAACGGAACUGCUGCUGAUGUGGAGAAAUAUCACCAGUCAUUAUCCGGAUCUGCAAGCAUUUGUUUUCGAUGAGAACAAUUUUUAUUCGGAUCAGAUGCUCGAACUUCAAACCACUACUCUUCAGUCACUUGGAACCGCGAUUCUCACGUUGAUAUCAGUAUGUAUACUUUUUGUUGCGGAAUCGUCGAUAGUUUUCUGGGUAACGUUCAGUUUGAUCUCGAUGGAUAUCGGUACAGCUGGCUUCCUCUCAUUAUGGGGUGCUGAUCUCGAUCCUACCACUGUCGUUAACAUUUUGAUGUCUAUUGGACAAUGUAUUGAUUUUGCCACGCAUGUCGGAUAUCGUAUUUAUCGAUCGGAAUGUAAGGAUCCGAAUGAACGAAUUCGUGAUGCUAUGGGCGCUAUAGCAUGGCCGGUACUACAAGCGGGAAGCUCCACUCUCCUGGCGAUUGUUGUGAUGAUUCUUGUUCCCUCAAAUGCUGUUCGAAUGUUUGCACGAACAUCGGUGUUGGUUGUCGCUACGGGAUUAUUUCAUGGAUUAUUCGUCUUACCUGUCAUCAUACGAACAUUCGCCAGUCAUGCAAAAGCUCAUGUUCCAACGGCAAGGAAUGAUUGA